AUGGCUUUGGAUGACGAUGAAGAGGAAGAUGUUCUUACUCAUGGUGGGAUGAGACUGGGAGAAGUGGAAGAUUUCGAGCAUGAAGAGAUCUCGGACGACGAAGAAAGCAAGAACGACCUUGACAAGUAUCACUUUGGCGGGUUCGUGGCAAAGAAAGGGAGGGAAGGAGAGGAAGAGGAGGAAAAACAAAAAUCAAAGAAGGAGAUCAUGGAGGAAAUCAUUGCAAAGAGCAAAGCGUACAAGGCAGAAAAGAAAAGGGAGAAAGCAGAGAAGGAAGAACUAUUGGAGCGCUUGAACGAAGAGUUCAAAGAUAUCUCUUCCUUCCUCGAAGCCAAAAAGAGGCCGACACGAAAGGAUGAAAAGUUGAAGCAGCAGCAGGGAGAGGAGGAGGAAGACACUGAGCAAAAGGAGGAGGACGAGUUCGACCAGUUGGCUCGCGAGCUUGCAGAUGACAUGAAAGCGCAAGCAGCUGACCGACUCAAAACUCCCGAGGAGAUGGCGAAAGAGAAGCAUGACGCGCUCCUGCUUGCUGAAAAAGCUCGCAUGCGGAGAAUGCAAGGAGAUUUCAGUGACGAGGACGAGGAAGGAGGGGGGCUGAAGGGCUUCAAGAAGCGAAGGGUGCGGUUCGAGAACGAAGCUAAGGAGAGGUCUGGAGAUGCGCUAGAGGACGACUUCAUGCCCCUGGAUGGAAAACAUACCAAGCUGAAACGGGGAGACUUUGCUGCUGCUGGAAUUCUGAGGCGAGGGGAGGAGGUAUCUGGAAAAGAAAUCGAUGAGAGUGAAGAAGAGGAAGAGGACGAGGACGAGGACGAGGACGAGGACGAGGACGAGGACGAGGACGAGGACGAGGACGAGGACGAGGAUGGUGGCAGUGAAGCGGAUGAGGAGCAGACAGCACAAGAGGAAGAAGAAGAUGGCGAUGAUGACGAUGAUGAGGAUGAGCAGUCGGAGGAGGGUCAAGUACAGCAGGAUGUGGUCUCUGAGAGCGAGGAGGAGCACCUUGAGAGCAAGAGAGGCAAGCUGCAACAUGCUGCUGUGACCGUUGGCAAACAUCGCGAUGUCGUGCUCUCCAAGGAGGAGAGAGAGAAGAGGCAGAGGGCAGCGGCAGAGGAGAUUCCCUACACCUUCGCCAUGCCUGAGGACGUGACGGGUCUCAAUGCUCUCCUCUCCGGGCACUCGCUGGAGAACCAGAAGCUGAUCCUUGAGCGCCUGGUCGCCUGCCAUGCCGUCGCCGUCGCCUCCUCCAACCGCGAUGCUCUCGAGCGUCUCUAUGGCAUGCUCAUGCAGCGCCUCCUCCUCAUUCCUGAUCGUGACGGCGCCGAGCCAGACAACCAGGACGUGGACGCUGUCAGCUGGGGUCUGUUUCAGCUGACGCAGGCGAUGCCGGGGUAUGCGGCGAGUCAGUUCAAGUCGCAGCUCCUUGACCUCCAGCAGACACUCGCCCAUGGCCUCUCUGACCCUUCCGGCCCGCAGUGGCCGACAGGAGGCGAACUGCUGCUGCUCAAGGCGACCCAGACGCUGUUCCCUUGCUCCGAUCUUUCGCACCCUGUCAGUACCCCUUACAUGCUCCUGCUCUCGCAGCUCCUGUCCUGCGCCCCUGUGUUGUCGCUGGCAGACCUCGGCAAAGCUCUCUUCGUUGCAAGCAUCCUUGUCAGCGCGUGCGUGGAGGGCAAGCGCGUUGCGCCUGAGCUUAUCUCCUCCGUCGCCGCCAUUCUUUGUGAGAGCCUCCCAGCCCACGCUCAGGAGGCGAUUCCUCGCUUGAGCCCAGCCGGGGCCCUGCUGGCCCAGUGGCAUCUCUUUGACUCCAGAGAAGGAGGAAGGGAGGGAAGGAGAGAUGGGCUUCUAUACUCGACAGACAUGCACGCCAACGUAAAGAACGAGGGGAUGCUGAAGAUGAGGAUGCUGCUGCGGGGUCAAGUCGAAGAGAGCAUGAAGGCAAGCGUGCUUGUCUCUGCUCUCAAAGUUGCCACUUCAGUAGUCAGAGGCUGCAGACUUGCGGGAACUGCCUUCGACACUGUCAACGGGACUGGAAAAUGUUCGGAAGGGGUUGUCGCAAUGCUGCAACCUCUAUUUGAAGUUGCAAACAGGAGAAAACUUGGAAGCAACAAACGUCAAUCUGUUUCCCUCUCGCACUUCGUCAUCUCCAGCGAGGCGAAGGACUCGCACACUUCUAAUCCCGUGCUCCUUGCCCUCUUCGACCUCCGUCAAGCUCUUAAGAAAGCAGCCGACUAUGCCAAGGACCCGGUAACAGGAGGCUACCUGCCCCUCCGCCUCUACGCUGCUGCUCCUCCUGCUGCUAUCGCGCAGUACAACCCGAGAUUCGAAGAAUCCUUCGCUCCGGAUGCAGACUUUGAUCCUGACAGGGAGCGAGCAGAGAAGAGGAAGAUGCGAAGAAUCGUCAAGCGAGAGUUCAAGGGAGCAGUCCGGGAGCUGCGAAAGGACAACAUGUUCCUGGACGCGCAGAGGACAGAGCAGCUGAGAAAGCAGCGAGAGCUACGAGACGAGCGAGCAAAGUCGAUCGAGUCCUUCCUGGCGCAACAGCAAUUCGAGGCGAAGCUGGGGAAGGGAAAGAGGAAUGGAAAAGGGAGGAGGAGAAAGCGAUAA